AUGUCACGUAACAAAGGUCAAUUCACCUCUUCAGAGAUGACAGAUGGGGCUUAUAACUCGGGCACUGAUCAAGAUUCUGCACAAGAUGAUGGUGUACCCAUUGUGGCAUUAGUUCCAAAUGUACACGAAUGCUGCAUCGUGGCCCUUCGGGACCCAGGUCUCUCGACAAUGCCUGUGGACUUUUUUGGUCUAACAGGGAUUCGUAACUCCUCAAUCCCAUGGGAUUCGGACGUCGUAUAUAUCAUAGGAUUUGAAGCAGCAAUAUUUAGACCUAUGUCAUUUGGACCUGGCCCGCAGGUCGAUAUUCGAGUUAAUGAAGUUCUGUUCGCUUACUACUUCAAAACUCAUGAUAUAGAUAGGACUAGGUGCGUGAUUCAUAAGCGCAAUGGCCCGUUCCCUCAUUUGUUGCUUGAUGUACCGAAGCGACGUAGGUUUCAAGCGCCAGUGAUUCAAAGAAGGCUUGAUUGGAGCGUGGAAAGUGGUACGAUGGCUGUGUCGGGUGCAACGAUCAGUAAUACUCUCGAAAAAUUCAGGCGUGCUAGAGAGACGAUUUUAAAGAAACAAUGCUCAGGUGGUGUGUCGACUACUUCCGAUCUCUCCUUUGUGAUUGAUGAUCUCAAUGAAAGUCAUUUUUCUCGUGAUCAUGAGAGCUUUAGAGAGUUAGGCUUUACCGCUGUUUUGGAUGAUGUCCAAUCUUUGUCUUUUAAAGCGAUGUCCGCUUGCUACUAUGAGAAGAUUCGCUUUCGAGAGGCUGAAACGGAAAUGAAGCGCCUUUGUGAAGACAAUAUUAAGAUAAAGAAGGAGUUUGAAUCACAAAAUACACUGUUGAAUUCCACCAUCGCCGCGAAGAAUCAGGAGGUGAGUUCUUGGAUGGGUAAGGUUGAUGUUCUUAAAGGUGAGGUAGCUUCGUUGGAAGCGAACAAUGAGGAGAGCAAGCGCAUAGUCACUUGUUUGGAGCAACAACCGGAGUUGGCAACGUCUGGUGCAACUAUUAUCAACACUUGGAAGAUGACUCAAGAGUUUCAAGAUGGUAAAGCACCAAAUUGGAAAGCUGAGGAGGCCGAAACAGCUUAUAGAGAGGUAUUAACUGCGCAGGCAACCAUAUAA